AUGGAUCGGGCAAAAAGCAAGACCGAGAUAGAGGAUGGAAUGGCUCAAGGCAAUUUUGAUCGUGCGGCUGCAAUACUUGCUGAGCUUGGAUAUUCAGGACCUGUUGCGGUUGCCUCAGAUCAAACGGUUUGUGUCCAGACUCUUCGACACCAUCGCGGUUUCAUUGUGGGAGCCCAAGGAGGCGACAUACCCUUUAAUAGCCCGGAUCAACUGCAAGAAUUACUUCAGAAUAUCAAAAGCAAAAAUAAUUUAUGCUCCAAAAUCCGGGCUUAUACCCUCCAGGUUCCUCUUCCCAAUAUUCCAACACUAGUUGUUGCAUUGUUAGCUAGUAAAUCUGACAAAGGAGCAGAUGAUAUUGCAGUACUUCACAAUACAGUCAUUCAAAUGAGUCGGGCUUCUGGGAUCGAUGUCUUGUCGAUUGGUGCGGAUGGAGCUGCCAAUGAGCUGGCUGCGCAGGCAAAGCUCAACCAAAUGUCAACUCGAUUUUUAACAUAUUCGAAUGAAAAUCUUGAAGUCAACAUCAAAGUCCCUCUUUUUGGAAAUCCACCUUGCCCAAUCGUUACUUUACAGGACCCUAAGCACGCUAGGAAGACUGACCUCUCCCAGGUUCUACAAACACCUAAUAGCCCGCUCCUUGCGAAAGAUGUGUUUGACUGCGAUAAACAAGACGACGGACGUGCAUUGAGGACCUUCUGCUAUCAAACAGUUGCCACAACUCUGGCUCGACCGGACUGUUCUGGCUUAACCAUUUAUCUGUUCAUCAUUGGCGAGCUAUGUGAUGCAUGGUUGAACAAGACAAUGAAUCAUCGGGAGCGAAUUCGAUCUGCAUGGACAGCCGCUUUCUUCCUCCGAAUGUGGAAAGCACACCUUCUACAGCGUCAGUCAGAUACCGAUGGUUUAAUGAGCUUUCACCUCAACGGAAGCUCUCACGCAAGCUUCAAGAUCUUUUCGACUCUGGCUGAAUCAUUGAUAGCGUUAAUAAUCUCACAUCGAGAGUACUAUCCAGAUUUCCCGUUCUGUCCAUGGAAACAUGGAACCGAAGCAUGCGAACAUAUAUUUGGGUGGAUGAGAAUCAUCUCUCCAAACUUUAGUGUUCUCGAUGCCCGUCUCAUGAUGCCCAAAAUCAUUGCAGUUGUCAAGAGCAUCAUGAGUGGGAGGAUCAAGAUUCCACCUUCCGAACAUGUGCAUGCAGGGUACCAGAUCGAUCUUCAUGAAGAUAAUGCUGAUAACCUCGAUCAUUUGCGUGAUUUUCCUUCGAAUAAGGAGAUAUCAGAAGACCUGUCCAUCGCUAAGAAACGAGCUAUGAGUUUAGCUGAAUUCUGUGGAAUGGUUGUGAUCAAGCUCAACAAUUCAGACAACGAAGUUGAAGAAAUCCUUGGCUCCACUGUACAUAACGCUCAAGAACACUCUCCAGAUGUUUUGACUAGUGCUGCAAAAGAUUACGAGAUCAACUAUAGCUAUGAACAUGAGCAGAAUGCUCUCAGUGUCAUGCUGGAUCAAGUACCCGAGACGUUUGAGGGUGAAGUGGUCCAGAACUCUGCGAUGUCCAUUUCAAACCUUCUCAACUCGAGUGAUGAGCCUCAGAAUCCAAAUGGUCUUGUUUCUGGAUUGGGAAAAGAAGCUACGUUUUGCCUGAUUGAUAAUGACCGACUUCAUGUCAAGAACAUAAUCGAAUUACGAAAACAGCACAAUAGUCAAGUAGCAAAGAACAAAGGCAAUGAUAGAAUGCUGACCAACGGUGAUAAUCUACGACUAGAGCUCAAUUCGACUGUCAACCCAGAGAGUAGAAUCAACACUCCCUAG